AUGUCUUCUUCAAAUAAAAGAACCAUCUCAGAAGUAGAAGUGGAGAGUGUCCAAGAGAGCCCAUCCUUAGCCAUCGGUAGUUUCUUCAAAGGUGUCAACGUCCCAGAAGAUACAACAUUCGAGCUGUAUCGUAAACACGUCAAAUCCAGCAACGCUAAGGACUCCUUCAUCCUUCAUGGUGAAAACGAAAGAUUAGAAUACGAAGGUAUGACUGAUGACAUUGUCUCAAAUUCCACUCAAUCAGUCAUCGGUAUUUUCAACAAAUCCAAAAACACAAUUCAAUUGUACAAAGCACCUAUCAUAUCUUCCAAAGUGAUUGCUAAAUCUUCAAAAAACCUAAGAGGCCCCGUCAUUAAACAUUCCGAUUCUCGUGGUCUAAGAAACGCCCUAGGUGAAGCAUUCGGUACCAAGAAGGCUAAAAAGGCCAUUGCUGAUAUGGAAAGAAAUCGUAUCGAUUCUGAUAAAUUAACUGAAUCUGCUAUCGAUAUCGUGGACUCUGUGAGAACGGCAGCUAAAGAUUUGCCAACGAGAGAGCAAUUACAAAGUACAGUCUCCAAUGAUAGACCAACGCCCAUGGCUAAUUUGGAUGCUACUGAUGUGGAACAAAUUUAUCCUGUAGAAAACAUAAUACCCACAAAGGAAUUACAAUUCAUUAGGGUUGGAAAUAUCUUUAAAGCAGAGGAUUUGGAUACCAAGUUGGAAUUGUUGCCAUAUGAAACUAAGUCGAAAUACGUAGCAAAGAAAUUGGGCGUGUUUACACAACCCAAUCAAUUGGUUAAGUUACAAUUAUUGUACUAUUUGAAUUUAUUGAUGGGAGUUUAUGAAAAUAGAAGAGUUAAUAGUAAAGUGAAAUUGAUGGAAAGAUUGAAUUCUCCCCCGGAAAUAUUGAUCGAUGGGAUCUUGAAUAGAUUUACGGUGGCUAGACCGGGCCAAAUGGGGAAAUCUAAGGAACGUUCAUUUUUCAUUGAUCCACAACACGAAGAUAAAUUGGUUUGUUAUAUCUUGACUCUAGUUUUCCAUUUGGAUAACUUCAUUGUUGAGAUUUCUCCAUUAGCUCAAGAAUUGAGUAUUAAGCCUUCCAAAAUCGUAAGUCUGUUUAGAACUCUUGGAGCUAUUGUGAAAGGUGCUACUGUCGCACAAGCUGAGGCAUUUGGCGUUCCAAAGAGCGCUGCUAAUACUUACAAGAUAGCAACUUUGAAAGUUCCAUUCAAAUUACCAGAAAUGACAAGAAGAGGUAGGGCUCAAAGACGUUAA